GUGCGGUGAGAAGGGGCCCGAGCGCCGGGCCCGAUUUCGCGCAUGUCGCUGGACGGAAUGCCGACUUACGUCCUCUCCUGGGGAGCCAACGACACAGGACAGUGCAUGUGUCCAGAGCGCCCGGAGCUUUUGGAGCCAAGGUUCGUGGAUGUCCUGGAGAAGCGACAAGUCCGGCAGCUCUUCGCCGGGUACGACUACUCCUGCGUGAUUACCAACACGGAGCGCCUCUUUGCCGCUGGCAACAAUGAGGGCAGCUUGCUGAGGGACGAGGAGCAGGGAUCCGACCCUGCAGUGCCACAGCUGGCCAGCUUCGACGAGCUCGAGGCAACCCGCUUCGUGGCGGUGAGUGGGGGCCGGGACCACGUGGUGGCCAUCACCGACGCAGGCACAGCGAUCUCCUGGGGCCGAUCCAAUGAGUUCGGACAGGUGGGCCAUGGGCCUGCUGCGCUGAAACGCGCCAAGCCGGGUAUGGUGCGGGGCCUGCCGGCCUUGUACAGGGUGCUGGCGGUGGCCUGCGGCGAGUACAACACCGUGGCGCUGCUGAGCAGCGGCGAGCUCUACUCCUGGGGCGCCAAUGACCUGGGCCAGCUGGGCGUGGGGGACACUCAAUACCGCCAUGCCCCCGCUAAGAUAGGUGGGAAAGCGCUCGGCGUGCCCUUCCGAUCGGUGGCGGCGGGGUUCCAGCACUGCCUCGCGCUCUCCAGGAGCGGCCGGGUCUACAGCUGGGGCAACAGCCGCCACGGGCGGCUGGGCUUGGGCACCGAAGGCGCCUGUGAAUGCAGCCCCCAGUUGGUGGAGAGCGUGCCCCAGGCCAAGCAGGUCAGCGGCGGAGGUUCUCACUCUGCGAUCCUGGCUUCCAAGGGGAAGCUCCUAAUGUGCGGCAACAACCGCUGCGGGCAGCUGGGCCUUCCCAGGGCCAGCCACCAGUGCGUGAGCAGCUUCCAAGAGGUUGCUCAGAUGUCAGGGAUUCGCCUGGUGGAGUGUGGCUCUAGGCACACACUCUGCCUCACCUUUGAUGGCCUUGUCCUUGGUUUCGGCUCCAACAGCGAAGGACAGCUGGGCCUGGGCCACUGCAGCGACUGCGAGGAGUCGCCGGUCGCGGCCAAGCUCGGUAGCAAGAAGCUUCUGAUCUUCGCCCUCGCCGCCACUAUGGACCACAGCUGCGCCCUGGCGCUCCCGGCGCCGGAGCGCGCGGAGCAGCUGGACCGCUACGUGUCCGAAGGCAGCUGCCUGCCGCGCGCCUGCUUGCGCAGCGCGGAAGGGCGCUUGGAAGCUUCCCCGGUGGAGCGGACCAACUCCGUGGGCGGCCUGGGGCGCCUAGGCUUCGCCUUCUGUCAAAGCUCGCCAGUGGACGAGGAGGCGGACGGCCUGUCGCGCACCGUGUCUUUGCCGCCGGGGAUGGCGCCUGGGCGGCCGCAGAAGCGACCAGCACCGGAGCCCAUCCCCGCCAUCAAGGAGGUGGAGGAGGAUCAGGAGGAGCUGCCGACGGCACUCUCUGUGGAAGCCUUGAAGAAGAACAGCUACGUGAAGUUCAAGGUGCCUUCGGAGGCGGGGUGCGAAGUGGUGCUGCUGAAGCCGCUGGUGGUGCCGGGUGUCGCCUCCCGGGCCUUCUCCAUACUCAGCCCUGGGGACCUGCUGGAGAUGGUGAGGUCGGCCAAGGCGUCCGGCGAGUGGCGGGAGACCAGCCGAUCUCUCUGCGCGGUGCUGCGAUGUCCCAGCGUGCUGAAUGCCUCCUUCCACUUCGUGGGCAUGCCAGGGCCGCAUCUGGACAGCGAGGCGCUGCACCAGGCGCUGGAGUUGAUGUCAGAGGCGCCUUUGGAGGUCCACGACGCGGUCCUGGAUGCAGCGGAGGCGGGGCUCAAGGAGUUCACUGCCAAAGAGGUGCGCAGCUGCCCCCGAAGCCGGGAACAGCUGCGGGGCCUUCUGAUCUACCUCUUGCUCCCGCAGUUGCGGAACACGAAAUUUGUGCAGAACCGACGCCACGCCAUCCUAUCGCACCUGGCCCUCGCCGUGGCCAUGAUGCGCCCAGCGGACCGCCGCGUGUUGAUGGACUUGCUGGUGGCGGAAAUGCCCCAAGCCUUCAUCCUGAAGAAGGCGGUGGUGCCUGCGGUGCGCCUCUUCUUGAAUGAGCGGGUGCGCACGGUGUCCUCCAGAAAAGCCCUAGAUGAUCCCGGCCUUUGGCACGCGGCGCUGCUGAUGCAGCUCUUGUUUCUGGCCAACGAGCAGCUACGGGAGGACCAGCGUGCAGAGCUGCAGAACUUGAGCAGUGAUGCUUCUGGGCUGCGCAGCCGAUUCCUGGGGCCAGAGGACUUCCAGAUGACGUCGCUGGACGAGGAGACCAUCCCACCUAUGGUGGCGUUUCAACAGCUCACGCAAGUGUCCGGCUUGGGCAUGGGCGUGGUCUCCCCCUCUGCCCAGUCCUUGCCAUCGCCCUCAGAGGUGGCCUUCGGAAAGGACUCCGUGGCCAAUCCGGACACGACCUGGCUACCGCCGGCCUGUUGCGUGCUGCUGGUGCACCGGAACCUGGUGCCGGUGGCAUUCAAGCAGAAGGUGCUGCAGGUGUCCAACACACUGAUGCAGCGCUCGCUGCAGGAUCGCGCCACUGGGCCCCACCAGAUCUUGGCGAUGCUCUCUGGUCAGGACGUUCGGCCCUUUGUCAUGGCGGAGGUCAGCCGCGAGAACAUCGUGGAGGACACCGCGCGGUUCCUGCGGCAGGUGGACGCGGCGGCGCUGCAUUUGCCGCUGAAGGUGAAGUUCACCGGGGAGGAUGGUCAAGACGAAGGCGGCGUGCGCCGGGAGUUCUUCCAAGUGCUCAUCCGCCAGCUCUUCGAUGAGACCUACGGCAUGUUCACCCAUGACCCCGACUCGCACACCACUUGGUUCAGCCAGACCAUGCUGGAGACAGAGGUUUGGCACGGGCGAUUUCGAUUCCACUCCCGCGAAGCCGCCAUCUUGAAACGAAGCCUCGCGAAGGACACAGACCACUUGUUCCAGGUCUGCGGCACUGUCAUUGGCUUGGCUAUCUACAACAACGAGCACGGCAUCCAGAUCCACUUCCCCCUUGCCCUCUUCAAGAGGCUCAAGGGGGAGCCCCUCACCCUGAUGGAGCUGCAUGACAUCAAGCCCAAGGUUUGGAUGUCGAUGCAGCAACUGCUGUCCUGGCAGCCCACCACAGAGAAUCCCAACCAGGAGUUCGAGGAUACAUUUUGCUUGACCUUCAGUGCCAACUACGACUACUUCGGCGAGAUGCGGUCGGUGGACCUGAAGCCCAACGGGCAGGAGAUUUCUGUGAACUUCGACAACCGCCAGGAGUACGUGGAUCUCUACUGCAAGUGGCUCCUGGAGACCUCCUCCGAGCGGCAGUUCAAGCUCUUAGCCCAGGGCUUCGAGAAAGUCGUUGACUCGGCGCUGUGGUCCUUCCUCACGGCGGAGGAGGCGCACCUCAUCGUCUGCUCCGAGCCGAGGCUCGCGGCGGCGGAGCUGCGGCACCUCGCGAAGUACGAAGGAUACUCCAAAGAGGAUCCCUACGUUGAGGACUUCUGGAAGAUCCUGGAGUCCUUCGACGUUGAGCAGUUGAAGAAGUUCCUGUGCUUCACUACGGGGACCGACCGCGCUCCUCUGGGCGGCUUAAAGGAGGUGACGAUGAUAGUGCAGAAACAUGGGGUGGAGCCGACGAAUCGACUCCCCACGGCCCAGACCUGCUUCAACCUGCUGCUGCUGCCGCGCUACGAGUCGGCGAACAAGAUGGAGCAGUUGCUGCUGCUAGCCAUCGAGAAUUCUGAGGGCUUUGGGCUCCAGUGAGAAUGCGCAGGGCUGGGUGGGAGGGAGCCAAAGUAGGGCCUUGUUAAGCCCAAAAGGCUUUUGGGCUCCCUCCCCCUCCCCUCCCUCCAGGGCCCCGAAAUCUGACCUUGGGCCACACUCAAGAAAAAAACACACCGGUGACUGGGGC